GGGGCGUUGAGGUGAUGCAGGUCCCCCGGUCAUCCCAGUGGAGGAGCCAGCUAAUGACGAGCGGCUUUGGCUGCUGAACGCCCCCCACCAUCACCACCCUCAUCCCUCCCUCGCUCCCUCCAUCUCUGAUGGCUCUAUGGGGCGUCAUCAGCCUCAGCCUUCACUGCUGGGUGUGUUUACGGUCUGCAGUAAUAGCAGCAGCAGCAACAGCCAGCCUCCCCAAUGACAAGCCCGGAGGCCCCCUGGACUGGCUCCUGUCUGAUAAAGGGCCCUUCCACCACUCCCCAGAGUACAUCGACUUUGUGGAGAAGAACCGACAAGGCUUCUCCACCAGAUACAAGAUAUACAGGGAGUUUGGGAGAUGGAAGGUGAACAACUUGGCAGUGGAAAGGAGAGAUUUCUUGGAGUCUCCGUUACCUCUAACUCCUGAGUUCAUCAGGAACAUUAGACUCCUGGGCCGCAGGCCCACCACCCAGAUGAUCACUGACAAUCUGAUCAGGAAGUAUGGGACACACUUCCUGUUGUCAGCUACACUGGGAGGAGAAGAGGCCUUAACGAUAUUUGUGGACAAAAGGAAACUGAGUAAGAAAGCAGAGGUGAGCGAUUACUCGGGUAACUCCUCCACUGUGACUCUGGAAGCUCUGCACCAGCUGGCUGCCUCCUACUUCAUCGACAGGGAGAGCACUCUGCGCAAGCUGCACCACAUCCAGAUCGCCUCCACUGCCAUCAAGGUGACAGAGACCCGCACAGGUCCUCUUGGAUGCAGUAACUAUGACAACCUUGACUCUGUUAGCUCCGUGCUGGUUCAGAGCCCUGAAAAUAAAGUCCAGCUGCAAGGCUUGCAGGUGAUCCUUCCAGACUACUUGAGGGAAAGUUUUGUGCAGGCUGCUCUAAGCUACAUAGCCUGUAAUGGAGAGGGCGAAUUUGGCUGCAAGGACAACGACUGCUGGUGCAACUGUGACCCCAAAUUCCCAGAGUGCAACUGCCCUUAUAUGGACAUCCAAGCCAUGGAGGAGAGCCUGGAGAGGAUCACAGAGACAUGGGGGAUCCUCUAUAAAGAGUUUGAGGAAUCAGAUGAAUUUAAGGCGUUCUAUGCGAGGCUGCCCCAGAACUAUUUCCUGAAUGUGUCAACAAUCCAACACUUGUGGUCGAUGGACAACCUGUUCCAGUGGCGAUAUGAGCAGCUGGAGAACAGCAUGCGGGUGCUCUCCAAACGAGCCCAGAGAGUCAUCUUCAAGCUAUUCAGUCUCAGUAAAAGAUGUCACCGACAGCCCCAAGUCCGCCUGCCAAGGGAACGGCCUCAGUCCUACUGGCUGAGUCAUUUCCAGUCUCUCCUGUAUUGCUCAGAGAACAACCAGCUUGGCGCAUUCUCUGAGGAGCUCCACAGCUGCAGCUGUCGAUACGAACACAGCCCCUGUCAGCUGCCACCGCCUUGCUCUGUUGGGGAAGGCUCGGCUUGCGCAGCAUGUGCACCAGACAACCAUACCCGCUGUGGGAGCUGCAACCCGGGCUUUGCCCUGACGCAGGGGGCCUGCAGGCCCAUGGUGGCAGACUCUACGGAGAACUACCUGGGAUUUGAGACAGACCUCCAGGAUUUGGAGCUGGGCUACCUACUGCAGAGAGCUGACCGCAGGCUAGAGGUCCACGCAAUCUUCAUCAGCAAUGACAUGAGACUCAACAGCUGGUUUGACCCAUCAUGGAGAAAGAGGAUGCUGCUGACCCUGAAGAGCAACAAGUACAAGUCUAAUAUGGUCCACAUGCUGCUGGGAAUAUCCCUCCAGAUCUGCCUUACAAAGAACAGUACCCUGGAGCCUGUCCUCACUCUCUACAUCAACCCUUUUGGAGGGAGCCACUCGGAGAGCUGGUACAUCCCUGUCAAUGAGAACAAUUUUCCAGACUGGCAGGCCACCAAACUGGACCUACCCUUUGAGUGCUAUAACUGGACUCUGACACUGGGCAACAAGUGGAAGACCUUUUUUGAAACCAUUCAUAUCUACCUUCGAAGCAGGAUAAAGACUCAAGAUGGAGUGAAUGACAGCAUUUAUUAUGAGCCUUUAGAGGUGACAGAUCCUGCUCGGAACCUGGGCUAUAUGAAGAUCAACAGCAUCCAGGUCUUUGGCUACAGCAUGCACUUUGACCCAGAGGCAAUCCGUGACUUGAUUCUGCAGCUGGAUUACCCAUACACCCAAGGUUCCCAAGACACAGCCAUGCUUCAGCUCUUGGAAAUACGAGAUCGGGUGAACCGGUUGUCACCUCCGGGUCAACAGAGGUUAGACCUGUUUGCUUGUCUUCUGCGGCACCGGCUCAAACUGACUGCCAGCGAGGUGGUUCGCAUUCAUGCCUCCUUACAGGCCUUCAGUUCACGUCUGCCCAAUUCAAUGGAUUACGAGACCACCAAGCUGUGCAGUUAACAGCUGCUUGAUGGGAGAUCUGGACUGUACAUGGCCUCAAGGAGAACUCCUGGCCAUAAGAAUUGUGCUCAUUGUGGGGCAAAUGGUUACAGUCUCUAUGGAUUACCAAACUGUAUGGUAAAUCAGGAGAGAAAUCAGAAAGAAUGUACUUGUCUGGUUUUUUCGGUUUCUGUUUUGUGGCAACUACCUUCAGUGCUAUAUCAUAAAGAAUGAGGUGGAUCAGCAAGAAAAUGCACAACUGUUUCACAAGAAGAGAUUAAAAAUUCUACAGUAGAAAUUCAGAUAUCGCUAUAUAAAAGUUGAACCAUCCUGUUUCAAUAUGACUCUGCUCAUUUAUACUGUAAGUACCAAUGCCAAAUGAAUGGACAUUUUAUGGUAAAUGGUACAGUCUGUUUGUUUGUAAUUUUUAUAUGUUCCUUUUGCUUCAGUGACAGUGCACUUUCCAUGAAGACCAGAAUACAGUGGUGUCAGUCAAGAUUUUGUAGAUAAAUUGAUAUUAAAACAUCAUGUUAUAACAGAUUCCAGCUGUUGGAAUAUUUUUCAUGAUACUUUUAACUAGCUUUCUUCUUAUUUUAGAAAACACCAAGUUUUUACAAAUGAGAGUCAGAGUAAAUGAAUCGUAUCUAACUGAUCCACCCACACCAACGUAAUUAUGUUUAGAUUAAUUAUUUUCUGCAAUUACUUCCACAUGUCUCAACAUCUUCACUUAACAGAAAUUCACAAAUUUUGUUCCAACUACAAACAUCCCUAAACAUUUGAUUACAAAAGCCCUCUUUUACUCCAUUCACAGUAGCAGGGCAAACAAUAUGUGUCAUUCUUUUAAACAUAAAUCUAUAAACUGCCGCUCAUUUUGGAAGCGUUACAUACUUAAAUUUGACCAUGAUGCAUAGUAGAUACAACAAUACUAAAAUGGAGGCUAUUGUUUCUGUCAUUUCAAAUCCUUAUGAGCAAACUGGUUGUAUUGUGAGGGAGCAUAUUUGUUCCCCAUAUCUUUGUAUAAUAGUCAAAAUAAGUUGUGCAUUAUUCAGUUUAACUUAUUUACCGUUUUACUCACAAUGCCAUCAAACCAUUAAAUUAUUUGGCCAAAUUGAAUACAGUGGUGCACACAACAAAAUGCAGCAUGGCAGUAAGUAAAGGGUAGAGUACAGCUACAGUUCGUGAUUUGAGUCCAGGUCCCACAGUUGUUGAGUGCAGGUUCCAGGCCAUAUUCAAACUUAUUGGGCCUGUGACAGGUUUGAGAAUGUCAGUGUUAAAGUGUAUUUUGUGUAAAUUAAAUAGUUCUGGCUGCCGCUUUCAGUCUCUAUCUUGCAAAUAUCCCUCUCUCUGCGAUGUAUUUGGCAAGUGACAUCAACUCAACUCAAAAGAUACAUUUUAUCCAAUGAAGCUGACUACUGUAUACCAGCUGUAUAGAGGCAUGUGCCUCAUUCACUCUAUGUAACCUGCAGCCUGUUUCCAACACUUUCAACACUCUUUUUUGACUUACAUAAACACAUAUGCUUGUGUAUUGGGCUGUGAGGUCUGUCAAAUAUUUCUUGAGUUCACAGCAGUACUGAGGCUGAACAGAUCCAGUAUAGACACUGAGAGAGGACAGCAGCUGCUGAUAUUGUGGGGCUGACGUGCUGCUUCCACUGCAUGGCCGGUUUAGACAAGGUGACGGGACCAAAUACCAAUUAAGCUCAGGCAGCACACAGCCCUUUCUGUCCAAGACAAGUGCAUAGCAGCUUGACAAACUGUUGUUAAAUUGUGCCUGCGAGACAGUUUGUGUGUGGUUGAAUCAGUGUGACGAAGUACGCUGUGAAGGAGAAGAAGCAAAUAAGAGCUUUACUUUGUAGUGUGUUUUUUUUUCUAUAAUGUAAGCGUGACCACAAUCUUUCCUUAACCUUUAUCCAGUUGUUUUACUGAACUUGACAACACGCUGAACAAAUUACCAUAACUACCAGAUCUACUGGAAUAUCAGUUUAUUUGCCAUGUUCACAAUGCCUCUGUGACUUUAAGUGCAAUAAUAAACUUAAGUACUCUUUACUUACCAUGCACUAAUACUUUAGGGAUAACAAAUGGCAGAGGUGCAUUAAGACAG